AUGGUGGCUCAAUUGGAUAUGGAUGAGAUUGAAGUGGAGGCUUCCUUCUGGAAAUCAACUCUGAUUUGUGUGGUAAUUGGAGCUAAUCCUCCCCUAGCUGUUUUUGAAGGGUUCAUCAGGAGAAUUUGGGGUAAACUUGGAAUUGACAGUGUGGUCCGAAUGAAUUCUGGUUUCACAAUGGUUAAGUUUCGAGGUGAGGCUACUAGGGAUUUGGUGCUCGAAUCAGGAGUGAUUCAUUUUGACAAGAAGCAUGUUGUGCUUCAGCCUUGGUCAUCUGAUGUUGAGUCUUUAAGGUCAGUAAAAUAUGUGCAUGUUUGGAUUCGAUUACCUGGUCUUGGGUUGCAAUACUGGGAUGUGAACUGUCUGAGUUCUCUUGUUAGUACGAUUGGUACUCCUAUUAUGAUUGAUAAGGUCACAAAAUCUAGAUCUAUGAUCAAAUUUAUUAGAGUCCUAGUUGAUAUGGAAAUUGCUGAACAUCUCCCUAUGCAUAUUCACUAUUUGAAUGAGAGAGGUCAGGUUAUGGAGCAACCUAUUGAUUAUGAGUGGUUACCUACUAAAUGUAAUGGUUGUAAAAAGCUAGGUCAUACUGCUGCCUCAUACAAGCAUGCCCCUGCUAUUAUUAGGAGGUCGACAGAGACUCAAAACCAGGCUAGUGCAUAUGAUAAUGUAGCAAGUGGCAUUGCUACUGAUGCCCCGGUUAUCAGUACCUAG